UAAAAUUCUCCACAUCAGGUGACCACGACGUAACGUACUACGGCAAUCAGGAAGGAUUGCACCCAAUACGGACUACCACGCGUAUCUGGCCGGACUACCACGCGUAUCUGGCCGGACUAUCCAAGUGAAGCCCCAUUUACAUCUCGGAGCCGAUCGCAAAAGGCAUAUCAGGAGACGGCAACAAGAGCAAGUCAACGUCUCCUGAUCCCGAGCAAAGAGCGACCUGAGCGCCAUACCGCUUAAUCAGAACCAGCAGAGCAGUAGUCUUGCCGCAGCCCGGCUAGGCUAAUCAGUGAUUGAAGCCAACCAUGACAGGGGAAUCCUACACCGAGAUAGUCAAAGCGGACUUGGGCCGGGCAGCCAAGGACUCCUCGUUCGCCCGCUCCUACAGCAACACGCCCGGCUUCGUCGUCUACCAUGACCGCUUCCAGCAAGACGUCCUCGGCUCCUCCCCCAAACUCACCGUCGUCGAGUCUCGAGACUACCAAUUCGCCCACGAAGCAGGCGUCUACAUCCGCCCAACCAACAGCGUCUACUUCACCGCCAACUUCCAGACCUGCAACCCCGUCCACCUAUACGCCAUCGACUCAUCCUCCCACAAGAUUACCCAGCUCGACUACCCGGAAGUCAUCCAGGCCAACGGCGCCUGCAACUACAAAGAUGGCGUGCUGUACUGCUCGCAAGGCGACCGCACGUCUCCCUCAGGUCUCGUGCACGUCGACCCCGUCACCGGCAAAUCCGAAACCCUCAUUACCAAUUUCUACGGCCGCGACUUCAACAGUGUGAACGACGUCGUCAUACACCACGAGACCGGCGAGAUCUGGUUCACCGACCCCAACUACGGGUACCACCAGGGUUUCCGCCCGGCGUCUAUGCUACCUCCUCAAGUCUACCGCUUUAACCCAGACACGAACGAGUGUUGGAUGGUCGCCGACGGCUUCGUCGAGUGCAACGGCCUUUGUUUCAGUCCGGACUAUAAAAAGAUGUACGUUACUGACACAGGCGCCAUCCAGGCCCAUGCCGGUCCUGGCGACGGUCACCAGUUCUCGAUGAACCCCAAACUCCCCGGCACGAUAUAUGUUUAUGAUGUUGUCAACGGGAAGGAACUGCACAAUAGACGUACAUUUGCCUUCUGUGCAAUUGGUAUUCCUGAUGGUAUCAAGUGUGAUAACCAGGGCUAUGUUUACUCGGGCUGUGGCGACGGCGUGCAUUGUUGGGCGCCAGAUGGUACGCUCGUAGGCAAGAUCGUUACCAAAGGAAUGACCGCGAACUUCUGCUUUGCAAAGGAGGGCAUGUGGUUGUUUGCCGGGAAGGAGCUUUACUUCUGCGAGCUCAAAGCUAAGGGCUGUCUUGUCAAGAUUGAAUGUGAAUGAUUCUGACGGUCGGUGGAUGGAAAAUCAAUCCUUGCCAUGUGUCUGAUGUCGCGGAGUCUGCCAUCGCUGCCGAAUCACACUACAUGGGAAGCAUACGACAUCGAACCUCGUCUCAUGUGGUGAGCUGCCACUGCAGACAACGUCGCUGCCAGCCUGACUGACAGCAUGAACAGGAAGAUCCCUCCGCCUCA